CUCUGCUCUCCUCUACUCUCCUCUCUGCAUCAGUCUAAUUUACCUUUCUCUCAUCGCAUCUCUCUCUCACGCAUCUCCUAUGCAACUGCAAUGUCCACUUCGGGAAGAAAAUUGCGCCUCAACAGUGUCUCAGUCAGCCUUGGGUGCAGCAGCUGCAAGAAACCAAAACUCUCCCUUCUUAUCCACCCUAAACACAAACCCAAACCCAAACCCCAUUCCCUCUAUUUCUCCUCUUCAACCACCUCUUCCUGCAAAACAAACGCAACCGUAAACGACACUUCCAGUGCCACCAUAUCAUCCCCCAAAACCUGGGAAACCGACACCCGGACGAACAACAAGAUCGGUUCCAGAACUGUACGAGGAUUCGGUCGAGUCGGAGGCCAAAGCCUGGCGGUAGAGAAAGAAUCCGAUGAUCCGUAUUUGGAUUUCCGGCACUCGAUGUUGCAAAUGAUUCUAGAGAAGGAGAUAUAUUCCAAGGACGAUCUUAAAGAGCUGUUGAGUUGUUUCUUGCAGCUGAAUUCUCCGUAUCAUCAUGAGGUAAUCGUUAGGGCGUUUACUGAGAUCUGGAGUGGAGUUUUCUCACUGAAGAAAAAUAAUAUUAAUAACAAUGCUUCAUCGAAGCUGCAGUUUGGAUGUAGGUCACGUGACUAAUAGAAAAUUGCCAUUUUUGUUACAGAGCUUCCAAUGUGGGGGGCCUCUUCAUAUGUCAAUGCUUGUAAAAAUUUUUGAUGGAAAUGUAACGGGAAAAACUCAAAGAAUUUUCAGCUUUUUAUAA